AUGGCGGAGCCGCGCCGAGUGGCGCUCAUCAGCCUGUCACCGGUGAGGCGGCGCGAGGCCGAGCUCCCGGGGCCCGAGCGCGAGCCCGAGCCCCCGCGCGAGCCCCGGCUGGAGCCGCCGCCGCCCCGCGAGCCGGCGCGGGCGGAGCCGCCGGCCCCGCGGGAGGCGACCCCCCGGGCGGACGCGCAGCCCCCCGCGCGCGAGAAGCCGCCCCCCCCGCGCGAGGCCGGCCGCGCCGAGCCGCCCAUGGCGCUGCAGCGCGAGCCCCCGCGGCCCGAGCCCCCGCCGCCGCCGCUCGCGCCGCUGCUCGCGCCGCCGCCCCCGCCGCGGGAGCCGGCCGCCCGGGCCGCGCCGCCGCCGAGGCCGCCGCGGGAGACGGUGCGCCUGGAGCUGGUGCUCAAGGACCCCACGGACGAGAGCUGCGUGGAGUUCAGCUACCCGGAGCUGCUGCUGUGCGGAGAACAACGGAAGAAGCCCAUUCACACAGAAGACCCAUUUAAUGAUGAGCAUCAGGAGAGGCAAGAAGUGGAAAUGCUGGCUAAGAAGUUUGAAAUGAAAUAUGGUGGGAAACCCCGUAAACACCGGAAGGAUCGGCUACAAGAUUUAAUUGACAUAGGCUUUGGCUACGAUGAGACAGAUCCGUUUAUUGAUAACUCAGAGGCUUAUGAUGAAUUAGUUCCUGCUUCUCUAACAACAAAAUAUGGAGGCUUUUAUAUCAACACUGGCACGUUACAGUUUCGCCAAGCUUCAGAUACUGAAGAAGAAGAUAUUACAGACACCCAAAAGCACAAGCCACCCAAAAUUCCCAAAAUAAAAGAAGAUGAUAUUGAGAUGAAGAAGCGGAAACGGAAAGAGGAAGGGGAAAAGGAGAAGAAACCAAGGAAAAAAGUUCCCAAACAGCUGGGAGUUGUGGCUCUAAAUUCACAUAAGUCUGAGAAAAAGAAGAAACGUUACAAAGAUUCGCUCUCUCUAGCUGCCAUGAUACGGAAAUUUCAGAAAGAGAAGGAUGCAUUAAAGAAGGAGUCUAACCCCAAAGUCCCAGUGAACGUAUCGACCUCGUCUCAGAAUAAACCCCCUUCCACUGCUGUAGCCUUGGGAAAUGAUGUUUCAGACUUAAAUCUGAACAGUGCUGAUCCGGACCUCCCCAUUUUUGUUAGCACAAAUGAACACGAACUAUUUCAGGAAGCUGAAAAUGCCCUAGAGAUGCUAGAUGAUUUCGACUUUGACAGAUUACUGGAUGCUGCUUCUGAUGGUAGUCCUCUCUCUGAGUCAGGGGGAGAGAAUGGAAACACCACCCAGCCGACCUACACCUCUCAGGUUAUGCCCAAGGUGGUACCUACACUCCCAGAGGGUCUACCUGUCCUUCUUGAAAAACGUAUCGAAGACCUCCGUGUAGCUGCCAAACUUUUUGAUGAAGAAGGAAGGAAAAAAUUCUUUACACAGGAUAUGAAUAAUAUUCUGCUGGACAUUGAGUUACAGCUACAGGAACUAGGCCCUGUCGUUCGUAGUGGUGUCUACUCUCAUCUCGAAGCUUUUGUGCCAUGCAAUAAAGAAACACUGGUAAAACGUCUAAAGAAGUUACAUCUCAAUGUUCAGGACGAUCGUUUAAGAGAACCUCUGCAAAAGCUGAAACUGGCUGUUAGCAACGUCAUGCCUGAACAGCUGUUUAAAUACCAGGAAGACUGCCAGGCUCGCAGUCAAGCUAAGUGUGCCAAGUUGCAAACAGAUGAAGAACGAGAAAAAAAUGGAUCCGAGGAAGAUGAUGAUGAAAAGCCUGGGAAACGUGUCAUAGGACCAAGAAAGAAAUUCCACUGGGAUGACACCAUUAGAACUUUGUUAUGUAACCUUGUUGAAAUCAAAUUGGGAUGCUAUGAGUUAGAGCCAAAUAAAAGCCAGUCUGCUGAGGAUUAUCUUAAAUCUUUUAUGGAGACAGAGGUGAAACCAUUGUGGCCUAAGGGCUGGAUGCAGGCAAGAAUGCUUUUUAAGGAAAGCCGGAGUGUACAUAAUCAUCUUACUUCUGCUCCGGCAAAGAAAAAGGUGAUUCCUGCACCUAAACCCAAAGUGAAGGACUGUAGUCCAAAAAAGGACCAGAAAACUCCGGCAUCCAUAGUGGCUUCCGUUGGGGGUCCUUCCACAAGCUCCAGCACGUCAGCUGUGGCUUCCACCAGUUCGAGCUCUACGCCAGCCCAGGAGACCAUCUGCCUCGAUGACUCACCUGACGAAGACCUUUCUUUCCAUCCGCCUGCGCUGGAGCUCGUGUCUGAAGCUUUAGCUGUGAUCAACAAUGGGAACAAGGGCCCUCCAGCUGGCUCCAGGAUAAACAUGCCAACAGCAAAACCUCGUCCAGGACUAAGAGAAGAAAAAUUAGCAAGUAUCAUGAGUAAGCUGCCAUUGGCUACUCCUAAAAAACUAGAUUCUACUCAGACUGCACAUUCAUCAAGUCUUAUUGCUGGUCAUACAGGGCCAGUACCAAAGAAACCCCAAGAUUUAGCUCAUACUGGCAUUUCUUCAGGCCUUAUUGCUGGUUCUUCAAUUCAGAACCCAAAAGUUUCCUUAGAACCUUUGCCAGCCAGGCUACUUCAACAAGGACUACAGAGGUCAAGCCAGAUUCACGCUUCUUCCUCUGCACAGACCCAUGUCUCCUCUUCUUCCCAAGCCCAAGUUGCUGCCUCCUCUCACGCCCUGGGAACAUCAGAGGCUCAAGAUGCUUCUUCAUUAACACAAGUAACAAAGGUGCACCAGCAUUCAGCUGUCCAACAAAACUAUGUGUCUCCAUUACAAGCAACCAUUAGUAAAUCACAGACCAACCCAGUGGUGAAAUUAAGUAAUAAUCCCCAACUUUCCUGUUCAUCCCCACUUAUUAAGACUUCAGAUAAGCCACUCAUGUACCGCCUUCCUUUAUCCACUCCCUCACCUGGAAAUGGUUCUCAAGGGUCCCACCCCCUGGUUUCUAGGACAGCACCCAGCACCACUACCUCCAGUAACUAUUUAGCCAAGGCUAUGGUGUCACAAAUCUCCACGCAGGGUUUCAAAUCUCCCUUCUCAAUGACUGCAACCCCCAAACUUGCCGCGUCUCCAAAACCUGCCACAUCUCCUAAACCCCUGCCCUCAUCUAAGCCUUCAGCCUCACCCAAGCCCUCUCUGUCAGCUAAGCCUUCAGUAUCAACUAAACUUAUUUCUAAAUCGGCCCCAACUCCCAAGCCUACUGUGUCCCCCAGCUCUUCCAGCCCAAAUGCACUAGUAGCCCAGAGUAGCCACUCCAGCAGUAACAGCACAGGCCACAAGCAACCCAGUGGGAUAAAUGUCAGCAGACAGUCUCCCACCUUGAAUUUAUUACCCUCCAGUCGCACUUCAGGCCUUCCGUCUACAAAAAAUCUUCAGGCCCCUUCAAAGCUAACAAACUCAUCAUCCACUGGAACUGUUGGGAAGAAUAGCUUGAGUGGAAUUGCAAUGAAUGUACCUGCCAGCAGAGGUAGCAACCUUAACUCAAGCGGAGCAAGUAGGACUAGUCUGUCUGGGGGAACAGGAAGUGGAACACAGGGUGCUACUAAGCCGUUGUCUACUCCACAUCGACCAUCCUCUGCCUCAGGGUCUUCAGUGGUGACAGCCAGUGUGCAGUCCACAGCAGGAGCAUCAUUAUUGGCUAAUGCCUCACCUCUGACUCUCAUGACAUCACCUUUGUCUGUAACAAAUCAAAAUGUGACUCCUUUUGGGAUGCUGGGUGGCCUUGUUCCAGUGACCAUGCCCUUCCAGUUUCCCUUGGAGCUACUUGGCUUUGGAGCGGACACAGCUGGAGUGACAACCACGUCGGGAUCUACCUCAGCCGCUUUCCACCAUAGCCUAACUCAGAAUUUACUAAAGGGUUUACAACCAGGAGCUCAGCAUGCAGCAACGCUUUCCCACUCACCUCUGCCUACACACUUACAGCAAACGUUUCAUGAUGGAGGCCAAAGUAAAGGGGACACUAAAUUACCACGGAAAUCUCAGUGACACCCCAGCAAGCCAAGGAGAUGAGACACUCAGCUGGCUGAUGGAGUCUCCCUGAUGGGAAGUACUGUGUGGUCAUAGGGCUGCUGUUCUGUCAAUGUUUACAUUCUCGUCCCAAGCACUGUGGUGAGGAGGAAAAAAGAAAAGAAAACAUACUUGAGUAAAGCCAGGUGCAGGAGGAAGAAAUGCUUUCAUGCAAAGUUAGUGACCUUUGGUCUCUUCUAAAGAAAGACAGAGUUACCAUUUUAACUGACUUGAAAAAGACUCAGUUGUCAAACCCACAGAAGUACAAAUUUGAUUUUUCCCCGGGAGAGGUAGAAGAAAUUGAGGAUUUGGGUAAACUCCAUCCAUCUUGGGGGUUGGAUCUGAACACUUGUAGAAGGAAUUGCAUAAUAAAAGACGAGAUAUCUGGAAUUAGGCCAGUUUGUCAGGAAUAACAAUCAUGUCUAUUUGAAUGGACUAUGCAGCAAAUUUACCACAAAAAAAUUAAUGACCCUAUGUCUGAUACAAACAGUAACAGAAAAUACUGUACCCUCAGAAAUCCUGAGCAAACUUGAAUCUUCUCCAGUGUGUAGCAACUCCCCGUGUAAAUCAGUGGACUAAAGAUGCUUCAGGAAAGUUAUUUUAGCACAGUGAUAUAUAUUAUUAAAUCAUGGAGAUUUUUAAAAGUCAAGAAAUUGAGCCUGUUGUUGUUAACAGAUGAAACUUAGAUGUCGCCUUUUUGUAAAAGGGUCAAUUUCAUCUUCCAUUUAGAAGCAGGUACUUCACUCUCUUCUUCAGGUGAUUUAUGCAUCUGUAUCGACUGGUUAAUUCUUAUUUCCAUUCUUGAUGUUAAAAUGUGAUUGUGUUCACAUUUUUCUCUUGAGAAAUAGGGAUCUUUGAUGUAGGGCUGCAGCUUUGGUGCUCUUAGCCCUUGAAGGCCUACCAAUAUGAACUGUAAAUAUCCCCCGACUUCACCUCAGUUCACAACCUCUCCUGCUGUUCUUUUAGCUAGUGGUACUUCAGGUGAUAUUAACUAUUGAUAGACACAGGUAUAAGUGUAUAUUACAUAUGCUUCUUUCAAAUGGCAUAUAUAUAUAUUUUUGCAAUUUUUAAGAUGGUAUUUUAAAGGGAGGAAUUACAUUAGGAUCAUUAUGUGUACAAGGAAUUAUUUUUUAUAACAAUCAGUGUAUUUUUACUCCCUGUAUCCAGUAUAGUGAAAUUGGUUUGGAGCAUUUGGGAUCUUAAAGCUUUACUAAUUCUUACUGAGAGUGUUGACAUGUGAGUAAACCUGCGCAUUGGACUCCUUGGUUCCUACAGCUUCCUUAUGCAAAUAGGAUGUUCAACAAAGGAUGUUGAAGAAAUUUAUUCACUUUGAAUACAUUUUAUUUAAAUAUUUUUUGCCUCAUCAUUGUUCUAGAUUCUCCCCCUUUCUCCUCGUUCCCCCUCCAUCCCCUUCCUCGAUAUUUAGACUUCUUAGGCUGCAGGACACUUUCAAACUGUACCCAAGAAAAAUGGAAACUUGGUCCAUUUCUAAUGACAGACUCCCCUAAAAACAGCAUCAGAUUGGUAGUAGCAAGAUUUCUUACAUGUUUUUUCAUUACCAAUCUCCCUGAAGCAUUAAGAUUAUUAAAGAAAGAUAUCAACUGGGUCCUUUUUUCCUUUUAUGAACAAAAGUCCCAAAUAACUUAUGGGAGUGUGAAUAAAUUACCACAGAUCUGCAUGCCUGUGUUUUGACUUCAGUCACAUUGGCUUCCUUUCAUAGCAAAAAAAGUUAGUAAGUAACAGAAAACUUUUAAUUCCAAGAAUUUGUAAGGGAAAAGAUUAUUUAAAAGGAAUUACUGAUAUAAUACUUGCCUCUAAGAAUUUAGUUUACCAGUAAACCAAGUAAGAACAUUGUUAUCAACCCCGACAGAUAUUUUGGAAUGUUGCAGAGAGGUUUGACUUGACUUGGCUGUUUGAUUAAAAUUUGUUUUUUUUUGAUUAGUGAAACUUACCUGAUUCUUGUUAUUCCACUGUAAUAUACCUCUUGCUUUUAUCCAAUUUGGAGAGAGGAGGAAGUCUUGGCUAAAGCUAUGGAGGAAUUUUCUUUGGGAAAGCUAGCCUUUGUAUUCACUUCCCCAUCCCUGAAGAGAAAUCAGAGUGCACAUGAAUCUCUUCUUACUGAUAACAGUGCGUGUCUUCCUCUCUCGGUGUGUAUGUGUCUGUACACAUAUAUGCAUUUAUAUAUACAUUCAUUAUUAAAGUCAAGAAGUAACCGUUCUAAUUUCUUAAAUCCAUCAGUUCUGAAUCAUGCCGGGAGAAGACCCAGCCUGACUCUUUAUUGUCACUAAAGAAGAAAAGGAUUAUCAUUUCUUCCCCUCAGUGUCAUUUUAUGCCUAACCAGUAAAAAUAAUCUGAAGGCCCUUGGGUUUGAAAAGUUCACAUACAUGGAGAUUCUGUUCUGUUCUCUGUGGUCUUGAUUCUUUGAGGGCGGCUGCCAGAUCUCCACCCCAACCCCACAUGCACAUUUUCAUGUCUGACUUACUUGCAUUUCAAUCAAGACAGCACUUUUAUGUUGUAGAAAUUAAACAGACAUCCUUAUAUUCUUAAUAAAUGAGUAUAAUCAAAGCGUUCCUACAUGUAAAUACAAAACUGUUUCUUUUCUAGAUCAUGACAUUGAAAAAGGUGUCCAUACUUUAUGGUCACCUAUCUUUAUAGUUUUUCUAACUAAAAACAAACAUAUAAAUUGGUUAUUUUUUAGCACAGAGACUUGUGAACCAUACAGUAUUUUUGCACUUAAAAGUCAAAUUAUGUUAUUUUUUAAAAUGGUGAGUAAUUGGAAAGGAUAUAGAGCAUUGUGUAUUUCUGAAGAGCAUUAGCAACAUCCCAAUGCAAAAUUAAUCAGCACACUUAAUUAUAUCCCAGUCAGUGGGAUUCUUGAUUCAGGAAGAUUAAGCUGUUUGUUUUCAAUUGUCUUGUGUUUUAAAUUGCCUUCACUGAUGUGUAAGCUGUUACUGUACAUACCAGUUAAUCCUCAGUAUUCACAAGCAAUAAUGGUCAGCAGAGUUGUCUUCAGAGAUAGCUGUGCUGAGCCUCAGUUGGAGACUGUUUUUGGGAGCAAAGUGUCAAGCUCAUUCAGAGCCCCCAGAAUAAGUGCAAGCAAUAAUUUCCAUUAAAAGGUGAUUAUAAUUCUUUUUCAUAUGCUUCUGAGAUCAGAGGGUAAAGGAAGUCAUGAUUUUAACAGCCUAAAGAAAAAGGUUUGGGGAAAGGAAGUUAAUCUGAAGUCUCAAAAUCUUGAUGUUUGAGGAAAUUGGAGGAGUGUGUCAGUACAUUGUUUCAUGCCUACCACCCCUUUGAUGGAUGUCGUUAGCCCAAAUUACAGUUUUUAUAUCACAGAAGUUGAGUAGGGUUUACUGUAUCACCAAGGUAAGAGGAAGAACCGGGCACAUAACAUGUUUUUGAAUACUGUGGGUUUGACACCUGUUUAAAAAUUUAUUAGAAAAGAUUUUUAACCCAGGAUUUUUUUCCCAAAGCAGAUCUAAAUUGUUUACUACCCAGGGUUGGAAAGGGCAGCCACCUCUAGUCUUUCUUCUCUGGUGCCCUCUACCACACCCCUUUCCACCUCUACUUGGUUCAAGACAUUUUCUGAAAUGGAAAUUCUACUGUUAUUCAAACUGCCAUUGAUUAUGAGAACUCUAUGUCCCUUGGGAUCAUCUCUUAGAACACCAGUUAUCAUGUUUGCUGCUACAUUUGUAAGAUGAAAUUUGCCUGUAUUGGUCGACUUUAAUUUACAGUUCUUUUAUUUCUAGAUGGUUUUGUCAUAAAUUUGACCCAUGUAUAGAAUUAGGAUACUUUGUUUUAGGAGUGUACCAUAAAAAGCACACUGGUCCCUGUAUUCUUUUUAUCAUCUAGGUUUUAUGUUUGAUUCUUUUGUUUGUUGGUGUUUGUUUUAUUUUGUUUUAAAUUAGAGAUAGGAAGAGUGAGAAUAAUCUAUCAUCAGGCCAAACUUGAGAACUUUCCCUGUGCUUCAGCACGAGUUUCUGCUGACCUUAUGUUCUCAAAAAGGGCACUUUUACUUUUUAUUGUGCAUGUAUGAUUGUUUUUUUGUUUUUGUCUUGUUUUUUGCUGGGGGGCUUUUGUUUUUAUAAUAAUGAAGCAGAAGAAAAAUGCAGUAGUAGGUAAAUGACUUAUCACAAAUAUGUUAUGCAAUUUUAUUUUAUAAAAUGUAGGGAGAAGGAGAAAAGUUUAACUCUGUAAAUCAUUUCUUAGCUCUGAUAAAAUUCUUAUAUUGCUCCUCUAAAACAUGUUCAAUUCAGGCCUUUGUCUUUGUUAAGUGCCUUUUUUUUUUUUUCCUUUCUUUUCCCCCUUCUUUUGAAACUGUUCUCAGAUAUUUUAAAGUACAGGCUAAUAAGUCAGGGGAUUCAGGAGGAAGAAUCACAAACUUGCCAACGUCAUGUCAUGCUGUAAUGUUCUUCCUUUAUUUAUAUGUAUAUGGAUAUAUGUGUAAGAAGCAUACAUACAUAUAUAUGUACAUAUAUAUGUAUACAUAUGUAAUAUAUAUAAAAACUAGUAGCUGCUGUACCAUUGCAUCCUUUCCCAAGAGCCCCCUCCCCCUUCAAUGUUUGCAAAACUUCUGCCUUGUUUAUUCCAUUGCUUUUAGUGGAUUCAAGUGGGUGGAUGGGGAAAUUGUUUUUUUAACAAGAUGCUGUCAUCCCCCUUUGAAUAUCUGUUUGUAGAAGUUAACAAAAAAAUACAUAUAUAUAUAUAUAAUAAGUCAGUUAUUACAAGUAAAAUAAAUUUAGUAGACUCUGACUAUUCCUGGAUGUAAUCCACUGCUCUGUGCCCUUCAAACGCGGCAUCAGUACUAUUGGAGAAAGCAUUGGAAUAACAAGAGUCUGUUGUGGGUCAAGUUGUUAAGGUGCACUGUGGCAGGCGAGACUAAGGAUUCUGGGAGCGCUACCAUUAGAAGCAUGGUGGUGUAUCUGAAUAAGUUUUGAAGGAAGUUAGCAACUUUGUCAACAUUAAAAAGGUGUCAUAUUCUCUUCUGGGAAAUGAUUUUUGUAGAAUUCAUAUAGCUGCAUAUACAUCAAAAGGCUUAUAAAGUUACAAGUAACAAGACUUCAGAUACUGAGGAAACACUCAUAUGACCUGUAACAUUCUCGAGACAUCUUCAGUUUUCUUUUUAUUUGCCUGCUAAUUUGACUUAAUCUGUUUUUAGGGUCAUUUAGAUUUCUCCCUUGACCAAAUUAAUAAUUUUCAGUAUCUAAUACUUAUCUGUUUCUUGUGAAAAGAAAACAGAUGUGAUGUAUUAAGGGACACUAAGUUGUAACAAUCUUCAAAACCCCAUUCAAAUACAUCUAAUAAGUGCCCCCUUUUAAGUAUGUUUUAAUUGGGAAGAGGAAACUGGUGACUAAAGAGAAAGCAGAGGCUCCUGGUAAUGGUACCUGAUAGCAGCUGUUGCCAGGUGGCCUUAGUCCGGUUGUUUGUUCUUCUUGAAUCACUAUGUUGAGGGGGAACACCAUUUAACCUUUGUGCCUGAGAUUACCCAUUAGAAAAUUGGGUAUAAUAAUGUUCACCUACCUCCCAGGGAUAUCAGAGAUUUUUCUCUUUCAAAAAUAUUUUGAUUUUUUUUCUAAAAUGUCCUAUAUAAUUAAACAUAGUUUUAUCACCGUUCUGCAGAGGCUAAAAAUAUUUCCCUAUGAUGGGCAUGAAAAGCAUCGUAUGAUUUUUAAAAUUUAAAAACAAAUGACUGGAAUUAUAAUUUAGAUGCAUAUUUGUUUUUUACACGUUAUAUUUGGUGGGAUAAAAUGGUUAGUUUGGAGUCAGUAAGUGGGGGAGGGGAUAACACUAAGUUUCUUAACUCUAAGUAGAUUUUUAAACUUUUUAUGGUGUUAUUACAUGUGUGAUUUUUGCCAAGGUUGUGGAGCUAAAACUAGAUGAGGUUUGGUGCUUGGUUAUUGGAGUUGCUAAAUGAUCCUGAAAUUUUUAUCUGCCUCACUCUUCCGUCUUCUCAGUCUAAUUUCCUUAUCACACACGUGUGUCUGGUGAUGGAUAGCUAACCUUUUAACUUUCUAAAAAUGAAUGGGAGCCGCCUCAGUCUUGCGAUGCGGAGCUGGUGUGUGUACUCUUCUGCAGCGCCGAAGGGGCGGGCACCACACUCAGCAGCUGAGAACCCUUCGCCAGUCUCCCUUGUCAUUUCUGCUUCUGUAGCCUAUGAAAACGCUGGAGCCUCCAGCAGCUCCCGUUGUAGGAAAAUUGGAAUCGGAACGGGAGGCAGGCUUCCC